AUGAAUGUCGAUGAGAUGCUUGUGUUUACUGCAUUUUUGUUUAUUUCAACGACAAGCUUACUUCCUUGGAAUCUGUUCAUGAAUGCUCACGAGUAUUAUCAUUAUAAGCUAAGAAACAUCAGUGACCACCGAAACGAAAGCCUCAUUAGGGAAGACAAUGUAACCGAUUUGCAGCGUUCAUAUGAGGGUUGGAUUACUUUAAUUAGUGGUUUUUCGUGCACUCUUGGUUCAGCAGUUAAUUUUCUUACUACAGGACGAGUAAAGAAUUCCUUUCGCAUACGGGCAGGUCAUGCAACCGUGUUAUUGGCUCUUAUUCCUACUGUUUUACUGACUUACAUCAAUACUGAUAAGUCUCAAUUGACUUUUUUUUGGUGUUCAAUGGUGUUAUCAGGAUUUGCCAGUUUUGGUUCUAUUGGUUUAAUCGGUUGUGGCCUUCUAGGAUUUUCAGCCAAAUAUCCUCAAAAAUGUGUGCAAGCAGUUAUGAUUGGCCAGUCUGUAGCUGGGAUUCUAAGUUCAUUAUUGAGCAUUGUUUGUCAAUUUUUGACUACCAGCGAUAUUCUGAAUGGUCGUUUCUUUUUUUUUAUUGCAUGUGUCUGGACUGUUGUAAGUGUUCUUAUUUAUGAGUCACUGAUUCGAUCAAAAAAAAUGGAAGCACAGCUUGCAUGGGAGGUUGAUAAUAUCGAUGGAUUGUCUGGUCAGCGGCUUCUUGAUCCUCUUGGUAAUGAUUUCGAAGAUGAACCACCUCUUCAAUUGCGAUCAGUUCAGACCAAUUCUUUUUCGGAUGAUGUGAAGCUAGUAUGGAGUAAAACAAAUGUCGAAUGGUGGGCUGGUUUCGUUGUUAUUGCUGGUACUUUGUCAGCUUUUCCAGCAUUAUCAUCGUUAGUCCAGACAACGGCUAAAAAUUUGAUAUGGAAAAGUAGAGCUGAUAUUUGUGAUAAGCACUGUCUCUUGAUUUCUGGAAUACAAAUUAUUAGUGGUUUUUUAUUAGAUUUAUCUCAGGAUUAUGUAAAAAUGGGAAUACUUCGUGUGAAUCAAAAGGUCUUGGUAAUAUUUUCACUACUACGCCUUUUAACUAUUCCAUUAUUUUUUUUCUGCAAUAUCAAUCCACGCCGUCAUUCUACAACAUUUUUUACUAGUGAUAUAGCCUUCAUAACCAUAAUGACAGUAUUUUCCUUCUCAAAUGGCUUUCUUUAUACUACAGCAACUGUCAAUGCAACAAAUAAAGUGCGUCAGGAGUCACGAGAAUUGACUGGAAGUAUAUUUGGUUUUAUGGGAGUAAUAUCAACACUUUGUGGGUCUCUAAUUGGUUUACUGCUUGUCAACAUUAUAUGA